UGAGGCAGUGUCCGUCACAGGGUGUUAUGCAUGGAGCGUCAAAGAGCCAAAGGAGCGCAUGCUCGGUGCGCACAGGACUCACCUGGGACACGUUGCUCAGCUGCGGUUGAAAGUCCCCUACGCUAAAGAACCAAAUGAUGCACUACAAUACAAACUGUGCUACACAGCUGCGGCUUAAUAACCAGCUCAUGACGAGGCCGGAUGCUAAAACUAAAACAAGAAGCGGACACCACAGGUGACUGUGCCUUUUUUCCCACUCGCCAUAACCAACGAAAGUUCCCUCACUUGGGCUGAGUACCUGCCGACAGGUGUGUGUCCGAUUUGUAUAUCACAGGCAAUGGGAAAAUGCUGCAAACGCAAUGGGAGACUGCUGUGCUUGUGUCUGCUGCCUUGUAUGAUGACUGGCCAUCUUUUAAUUUAUAUUGGGGUCUCCAUAUUCAUCACCAUCUCCUACGCUCCGCCAAAAAUAACUCUCCACUAUAUUGCUCCAGGGAUUUCUGCUAAUUCUUCAACUAUGGCCUCCCAUCCACUUGGGCCUUUCUGGAACCUUCGUUUGGAGGACAGUGCUCUGUGGAACCAGCUUCAGCAUGCUUGGGACCGUGAGCACAAUCCACUACUGAGAGGAAACACAACUCGCAUACAGAGGAAGCCCAGAGCUAAGUUUUUAUCAGAGAUUAACAAUGAAUGUCUUUCUGACAACACAUCACACAAGUGUUCAGUCCCUCACAUGCAAGAUAUAAACAGGCUGCCAGAACAGAUUAGGGCAUUUAUCAGGUCAAUGUACUACAGGGAGUACCCCCUUCUUAUCAACCAACCUGGUAUGUGUAGGAAAGACAACAGUAGCUUUGAUCUGGACUCUCCCAUGCUCCUCAUGGCUAUCAAAUCUCAAGUGGGGAACUUUGAAAAUAGGCAGGCAAUCCGUGAAACGUGGGGACGCAGUGGUCUGGUGGAAGGGGAAUCAAAUAAAAAAGGUGGAUUGGUGCGCACAGUCUUUCUUCUCGGAAGGCAGGACUCCGGUACAGGUCCACACCCAGACCUAAAAAAUCUCCUGGAGCUAGAGAACCUGAAGUAUGGGGAUAUUCUACUGUGGGACUUCAGAGAUACUUUUUAUAAUUUGACCCUAAAGGACUUGCUGUUCUGGCGAUGGUUCGAGCAGUACUGUCCCACUGCCAUCUUUGUUUUCAAAGGGGACGAUGACGUCUUUGUCAGAACAAAUGCCCUUCUGGAUUAUCUGCACAAGAACAAGGAGGAGCACAAACUACAGCUAGCUUUAAAAAGGAAAACUGAGAUGGAUAUGUUCAUUGGGGACGUGAUUACUAAUGCAAUGCCAAACCGUGAACCAUCCACAAAAUACUACAUACCAGAAAAUUUCUACAAAGGAGUGUAUCCACCCUAUGCUGGUGGAGGAGGGGUGGUGUAUUCUGGAUCACUUGCACUACGUUUGAAAGAGGUGUCUGAGAGGGUCCACCUUUUCCCUAUUGAUGAUGUGUAUCUUGGAAUGUGCCUGCACAGACUCGGGCUUUCUCCAACCCAUCACCCGGGUUUUUUAACAUUUGACCUCCCAGCAGGAGAAAGGGAAAAUCCUUGUGCAUACAGAUCUGUUCUGCUUGUUCACAAACGGAGUCCCAAGGAGAUGGUUACUCUGUGGAAAAAGCUCCAGAACCUGCCUGGUCAAUGCUGAGGCUCAUUUGCCAACCAAAUAGGACUCAGUGAGUACAGGAUGACUGCUACAACCACACUCACUGGCUUCAUCUUCAUAUCAAUCAGGCAUUGUCACGUUAAGUAAGGUCACAUAAUGGACAUUUACUGUGUGGAGUUAAAAACUGAAUAGGAGACCAAACUACCUCAAAGAGGGUUUGUUAAUAAGGCAUCACAGAUUAAGGGCAUAC